AUGCCAAUACAAAUAAGCAGAUUAAAAUGUCUUCAGACUUUGACUAAAUUUGUUGUCAACAAGAAUAUUGGAUUCCAAAUUGGAGAGUUAGGGAAGCUUCCAAAUCUCAGAGGAGCCAUUUUGAUAGCAAAGCUUCAAUAUGUGAUAAACCCAACAGAUGCUUUGUACGCAAAGUUGAAGGCUAAGAGAGAGCUUAAGGACCUAACAUUGGAGUGGGAUGCCGAUGAUAUUAUUUCUCAAAGUGAAAGGGACGUACACAACAAUCUCCAACCUCAUACAAACUUGAAAAGAUUUUGCCUCAAUUUGCCAUCACUUGGGCAACUGCCCUCUCUUCAAAACCUCGGCAUUGUUGGGUUUGAUGAAGUUGUUAAAGUCGGUCCUGAUUUCUAUGGUGGCAGCUUCUCCCAUCUCUUCAACAUUUGGAAAUCAGAAAUUCUCCCAUCUUUUCCAAAAGGUGGUCUGCCAUCCAAUCUAGUUCUUUUCAGAAUUGAUGUUUCGGAAAAACUUUUUGCCACUAGGAUGGACUGGGGAUUGAAAAGAUUGCACUCUUUUACCACAUUGAUAUUAUCCAAUCUUGCUAGUGAUUUUCAGGCUGUGGAGUCCUUUCCCAGUGAUUUCCGGGCUGUGGAAUCCUUUCCGGAGGAGAAUUUGCUACCCACAAGUCUUACCACUCUUUUCAUUGGCGGAUUUCAAAAUUUGAGAUCAUUGGACAACAAGGGACUUCAACACCUUACCUCUCUUCAACAAUUGAGGAUCGUAAACUGUCCCGAGCUGAAGCACAUGCCAAAAGUGGGGUUGCCUGUCUCUAUUUAUUACCUACGGAUCUAUUCAUGUCCUUCUUUCAGUAAACAAUGCAAAGAGAAGAAGGGUAAAGAGUGGCGCAAGAUUGCUCACUUCCCCUUCAUUCACAUUGAUGACGAUGUUGUCAUAAGAGCCAAAAGUAGUGUAGACCAAAUCUAA